AUGGACAGAGAGCUAGCAAGAUUUACUACUACCCCAUUGUCCCCAGAAAUCGAGAGCAUGCCACUCCCUGUUGGAUUCCACCAACCUAAGUUCACACUGUACGAUGGCAAAAUGGAUCAGUACAUGCACGUGAGUCAUGACUGGCAAGUAAUGGCUCGCCACCGGCGCAAUGAUGCCUUGCUGUGUCUCAUAUUCCCUACAAGUUUGGGAGAACUAGGCCUGAAGUGGUUCAAAAGACUCCCGAAGGGGAGCAUCAAGGGGCGACAACGACUAGCAGAGGUCUUUGUUACUAGAUUCAAAACCAACACUCAAACACCGAAGGAAGUUGGGCACCUCCUGAGCGUCAAGAUUGAAUCUGGAGGUUCUUUGAAGGCAUACAAUUCCAAGUAUUGGGAAACUUACAAUGAGAUCCUCGAUUGCCCCACCAAUCUGGUGGUCGCACAAUACAAACGAGGUCUCCCAGUCGGACAUAGGCUGGGAGACUCGCUUACGGUGGACCAACCCACAACCAUGGAGUCCUUGACACAUUAG